AAUUAUUGAAUCAUCAGAAAAUUGGUGUCAGCUAGAGUGCUUGGAGGAGUUUUGAAGAUCGUACACGUGUUAACCAGCAAUUGGAAAAGAAUCUAACGGUUGGUUGAGAGCGCGCGUGUUAACUCACUCUUGUUAUCCCGUAAGCGUUUCAGCAAAGCACUUUGAAGAAGAAACAACAACAACAAGAACAAAUUAAUGGCGCUUCCUCUUCUUCGAAUUCCCGGUACUUGUUGUUCAAUUCCAUUUACUACUACAACCAAGCCACAAUUGUUUCCUUCCAAAACCCUCCGCAAGACCACGGUGGCAGCGACGACGGAGCUUCAAACGCCGCUGGAAGUGCCAGACGCAAAAGAUUACCAGUAUCCAAGUGGUAAUGUUCCAACUCAUAAAGUCAAAGUCCACGAUAGAGUACGAGGAAUUGUUCACGAGUUCCUCGUACCUGAGGAUCAGUAUAUAUUACACACUGCUGAGUCGCAGAAUAUUAAUCUUCCAUUCGCAUGCAGGCAUGGUUGUUGUACUAGUUGUGCUGUUCGUAUAAAGAAUGGAAAGAUUAGACAACCAGAGGCACUUGGGAUAUCUGCCGAAUUGAGAGAGCAGGGUUAUGCACUUCUUUGUGUGGGUUUCCCAACCUCUGACGUCGAAGUAGAAACUCAAGAUGAAGAUGAGGUAUAUUGGCUUCAAUUUGGACGUUAUUUUGCAAGAGGGCCAGUGGAAAGAGAUGACUAUGCGUUGGAGUUGGCCAUGGGUGAUGAGUAAGCAGGAUACAAAAUCUGACAACCAGCUGAGCAAAGAAAGAAAGUUUUGUUUCCUUCUUUCUUAAUCUCUAUAGCACCGAUACUUCAGGUUAAAGGCAUGUCUGAGUAUUCAAACAUGUGUUGGUGUUCGAUACUCGUACGUCAUUUGAUUAUAUUCAAUCAUUUUCGUUUUCUCAAAUUAUGAUUAGUCUCUACAUGUUAGUCUUAGUGUCGUGUUCAUUAUCUGUGUCGGUGCUUGAAAACUCUUAUUUUCCCCUGUCUAUAUAUGUGUAUUAUCUGCUGUCAUUUUGUUAUCAUAUGCAUUAUUAUAAUUUGCAUAAUAUAGAAGAUUUAGCGUGAUUUUGGAUUUA